AUGUCGGGAACUUUCAAUCAUAGAGAGUGGAUGUAUAACCGGAUCGAUGAAGAGACGGAGAAUUUCUCGACUGAGUUCGUAGAGGGAGUGGAGCAAUUCAUGAAUUUUGCAAAUAACCAGCCUUUAGCACAAAACAAUGGCGAUAAGUUUCACUGUCCUUGUAGUGUUUGCAAAAAUGACAAAUUUAUGCCGGGAAGAAGAAUUUGGAAUCAUCUCUUUAGUAAAGGAUUCAUGCCGGAUUAUUAUAUUUGGUAUAAGCAUGGAGAAGAAAUCACUAUGGAUUAUGGAACUAGUUAUGCUAAUACAAAUCAUUUAAGUGGGAGUGAAGAAGAUAUGGGCAAUGUAGUAGAAGAUAGAUAUGUGGAUAUGGUGAAUGAUGCAUUUCCUGGUAACUAUCAUCAUGAGCAUGAUGAUAACUAUCAGAAUGUAGAUGAUAGUUACCAGAAUGAUCAAGAACCGAUACGUAACCAUCCCGAAAAAUUUUACAACUUGUUAGAAUCUGGGAAAAAACCAUUAUACGAUGGUUGUCGUGAAGGUCACUCGCAGUUAUCCUUAGAUGCUCGGUUCAUGCAAAAUAAGGCAGAUUAUAACAUGAGUGAAAAGUCUGUGGAUGCAUGGGCAUCUUUGUUUACAGAGUAUUUGCCAGAUGGAAAUCAGGCAACGGGAUCACAUUACGAGACAGAGAAAUUGAUGGGAAAUUUAGGUCUCCCAUAUCAUAAAAUUGAUGUUUGUAUCAACAAUUGUAUGAUCUUCUGGAAAGAGGAUGAAAUGUGGGAGGAAUGUAGAUUUUUUCAAGCACCAAGAUAUAAGCCUAACGAAGGACGGCGAUCACGAACAAGAAUACCAUAUAGUCGUAUGUGGUAUCUUCCUAUUGGCGACAGACUGAAGAGAAUGUAUCAGAGCAAGAAAACAGCAGCGGCAAUGAGAUGGCAUGCAGAGCACCAGUCAAAGGAAGGAGAAAUGUGUCAUCCUUCUGAUGCUGCAGAGUGGAGAUAUUUUCAAGAUAUACAUCCCCGAUUUGCCGAAGAACCCCGUAAUGUUUAUCUUGGACUAUGUACAGAUGGGUUCAAUCCUUUUGGCAUGUCUCGCAAUCAUUCUUUAUGGCCUGUUAUCUUGACUCCUUAUAAUUUACCCCCUGGUAUGUGCAUGAAGACAGAGUACUUGUUCCUUACAAUAUUGAAUUCUGGGCCAAAUCAUCCGCGAGCUAGUCUAGAUAUCUUCCUCCGACCACUUAUCGAAGAGUUGAAAGAGUUAUGGACAGUUGGAGUUGAUGCGUACGAUGUAUCUUUAAAUCAAAAUUUCAAUUUAAAAGCUGUGCUGAUGUGGACGAUAAACGACUUUCCAGCGUAUGGUAUGUUAUCAGGAUGGACGACCCAUGGUAGAUUGUCUUGCCCAAUUUGUAUGGAAGACACAAAGGCUUUCUAUCUGCCAAAUGGAAGGAAGACGUGUUGGUUUGAUUGUCACAGAAGGUUUCUUCCUCAGGGUCAUCCACUAAGAAAAAAUAGAAAAGACUUUUUGAAGGGCAGACAUGCUAUGAAUGAGUGUCCACCAGAGUCUUUGAAUGGUGAGCAAGUUUAUACCGAGCGAAUACAAGCUGUCAAGCCAGCGAAAACGUGGGAGUGUGGUGGAAACGGUCAUGAAAAAAAGAUGCCUGGAUACGGAAAGUGGCAUAAUUGGCACAAAGAAAGCAUCUUUUGGGAGUUGCCGUAUUGGAAUGACCUUAAUCUCCGUCACAGUCUUGAUGUGAUGCAUAUAGAGAAGAAUUUUUUUGAAAAUAUCAUCAAUACUCUUAUGAGUGUGUUGGGGAAAUCUAAAGACACAAUCAAGUCAAGAUUGGAUAUAGAACAAUUCUGUGAUCGAGCGCAUUUACAUGUUGAUGCAAAUGGUGUAGCUCCUUUUCCUGUAUACACAUUGGAAGUAGCUGACAGAAGAAAAUUAUUGGAAUGUGUGAAAAUGGUACAGUUCCCUGACGGUUAUGCGGCAGACUUAGCGAGUUGUGCUGACAUAGAGAAUGGGAAAUUUUCAGGCAUGAAGAGUCAUGACUGUCAUGUUUUUAUGGAGCGACUAAUUCCAUUUAUCUUUGCAGAACUCUUAGAUCAAAAUGUCCAUCAUGCAUUAUCAGGGAUUGGAGGGUUCUUCCGUGACUUAUGUUCUAGGACUUUGCAUAAAGACCGUGUCCAACUUCUAAAACAGAACAUAGUUCUAAUCUUGUGCAAUUUGGAAAAGAUUUUUCCACCAUCGUUUUUCGACGUGAUGGAGCACUUGCCUGUACAUCUCCCUUACGAAGCUGAAUUAGGAGGGCCUGUGCAGUAUAGGUGGAUGUAUCCUUUUGAAAGGUUUUUCAAGAAGUUGAAGGCAAAAGCAAAGAACAAAAGAUAUGCAUCAGGGUCAAUUGUUGAAUCAUAUAUCAAUGAUGAAAUAGCUUAUUUCACAGAGCAUUACUUUGCUUCAAAUAUUCAAACGAAAUCCAGGUUAACAAGAUUUAAUGAAGGUGAAGUCCCCGUAUACGAUGUCCCUGGAGUUCCUGAUAUAUUUACUCACAUAGGUCGUCCUAGUGGGCAAAUGCAUGAAAUAUGGCUUUCAGAGAAAGACCAUCAAAUCGCACAUGCUUAUGUUUUGCGAAACUGUGAAUAUUUUCGGCCAUUCGAGAGUAUGCUCGAAGAUUACAUAUCCGCAAAAUAUUCGGGACUCUCUGAGAAAGAAGUUUCUGCAAAAAGAGCCGAUGAAUAUCCUUCAUGGGUGAAAGAAUAUGUAACUUACUGGAAUGCUACACAUCCUUUUCCUGUGUGGGUUCAAGAAAUGGUGCACGGCCCCGUGAAUAGGGCCAAAACCUGGCCCAUUUACUUCACAAGAGGAUAUUUGUUUCAUACGAAAAAUCAUGGUAUGGGACGAAAGACAUGUAACUAUGGAGUAUGUGUUCAAGGAGAAAACUAUACUGAUUCAUCUGAUGAUGCUGAUUUCUACGGGACUUUAACUGAUAUCAUACAACUGGAGUAUGAGGGGAUGGUAAAUUUGAAAAUCACACUUUUUAAGUGUGACUGGUAUGAUCCUGUUAUUGGUAGAGGCACCCGAAGGGGCAAUGGCGGCAUCGUUGAUGUUCUUUCAUCCAGAAGAUACAAUAAGUAUGAACCAUUUAUUCUAGCUUCGCAAGCAGAUCAAGUUUGUUUCAUCCCGUAUCCAUACCGGAAGAAACCAAAGCAAUUGUGGCUCAACGUUCUUAAAGUCAAUCCGAGGGGAAAUAUUUCAGGAGAAUAUGAGAACAAGGAACCAGUUAUUUUGCAACAAACAUCUGAUGAUCCGGUACUGCUGACAACAAUUGAGGAUCUCGUAGUCGACAACCGAGUACACGGAGUGAACCCAAUAAAUCUUGAUUUCGAUGUUGGAGAUGCAGAACCAGAUGAUGAAUUCCAAUGUAAUUUAUCGUCUUCGGAUGAUGAUGAUGAAGAAGAAGAAGACCUAUACUAA